AUAUAAAUGAGAGCUCUCUACACUAGAAAUAACAGAGGGAUCCAGGAAGAGAAUAUUUCCCAUCCCAAGGGCAACUGGAAUUGCUCUCACAGAAAGAACUCCUCCUUUUCUCUUAUCAAGUCAUCCAGAAGAUGGGACUCCUUGCCUAUGCCAGCCUAUGCCUUUUUGGCCUUCUGCUCUCCAGUUCUUUUCCAAGAGUUGAGGCUGACUCCUGUGCCGAAGACUGGGUGGAAAAUCAUGGGAAUUGCUAUGCUUAUUUUGACACCAAUAAGUCAUGGGUACAAGCUGAGAUUGAAUGCCAGAACUAUUUCCCCGGGGCCCAUCUUGCCUCUGUUCACAGCAUGUCAGAGUCAGUUUUCAUCGUCCAAUACAUCUCCACUAACCAAAAGAAACCAAGUGAUGUCUGGAUUGGUCGCCGUGCUUCUUUUCCGACUGGCAAGUGGAGUUGGUCAGAUAAAUCAGUCAGCAAUUACGCAACCUGGGUCAGUUGUGAGCCAAAUAUAUUCUGUGCAGCGUUGAUUCAAAGCACAAAUUUGGCAGAAUGGCAUUUUAGAGACUGUCGAUCCCAUCAAGCCUACAUCUGCAAAUAUGAGCUCCAGCCUACAUCUGCAAAUAUGAGUUCAAGCCCAGAUCUGCAAAUAUGAGCUCUAGAGAAGAUGGAAGCUUCCAGUUAUGCCUGCUUGAUGUUGAACUUCUAGACCAGCUGAUCUCUGAUACUGUCCCCAGUCAAUGAAGAAAGCCACUGACUUUCCCCUCCACCUUCUUCCAAAAGCCCCAUCACAAAAUCUACUUCUCUUUAGUCCUGGUGCCCUGCAGAAAAUUAAUAAACAUCCUCUGAUGCAUGUGUUGGCUGGUGUUUUUCUGUAAUUCCCAAAUGUUCUUUCUCCACUCAUCCUUGGGUGACUUCAAGGACCAGCAGAAGGUUCCUCCUGGACUUUUCUGCUUUUUCACAGAAGAGAGAAUUUGUGCAGGAUAGCUUCUCUCAGUCAGUAAGGAAAGUUUCACAUGCCCAAAUUUCCUCUCCUGCAUUCUGCAGUAGUUGCAGGGGGUCAGACUUCUUCUCCUGUUCCCUUAUCUGUUGGAGUUCCCCAGGGCUCUGUUCUGGGUCCCCUUCUGUUUUCUCUCUACACACUGUCCUUAGGAAA